UGGGUAUAAAUAGUGGUAGAACAGAGAGAGUGAUAAAGAGAAGAGAAAUAUGGCAACAGCAAAAGUAACUGCCGGUGGCAUCACCGAUGUGCCUGGAGCUGCCAACAGCGUGGAGAUCGAAGAACUGGCUCGCUUCGCCGUUGACAAUUACAACAAAAAGCAGAACGCACUUUUGGAGCUUGUGACAGUGAUAAGUGCAAAGCAGCAGGUGGUGAGUGGGGUGUUGUAUUACAUAACCUUGGAGGCCAAAGAUGGCGAAAGCAAAAAGGUGUACGAAACCAAAGUGUGGGUGAGAGAAUGGUUGAACUCUAAGGAGGUGCUGGAAUUCAACAUCGUCGACGAUUCGACCAGAGAAGUAACAGGAGGUGGAGUCAGCGAUGUUCCUCCCGACACCCCUCACAUCGAGGGUCUCGCUCGCUUUGCCGUUGAUCAAUACAACAAAAACGAGAAUGCAAAUUUGGAGUUUGUGAGGGUGAUUGAUGCAAAGAAACAGGUAGUGGAAGGGUUCUUAUACUACAUAACUUUGGAAGCAAAAGAUGGUGAGAGUAAAAAUGUGUAUGAAGCGAAGGUGUGGGAGAGGUCAUGGGUGAACUCCACUGAAUUGGUCGAAUUCAAGCCUGUCAAUGGUGCUCUUUAAUCCUCUUUCGUUCUCAGAAUACCACUUUUCAAGACUACUUUACCAUGCGUGUAUGCUAUAAAUAAAUGUAAUUCGUGUUACGUACCCACCAUGUAUUCCCACUAUAAAUAAACGUUAUCAUAUAAUUAUAACUAAUGUUUGCUAUGAUGAACCCUU